AGAAAAUUGAAUCGUUGUUGCUCUCUUUCUCCUCUCUCAAUGGCAUCGACCUCUCUCCACCGUUCUUCACACUCCGUUGCCGCCUCUUCAAUCGCCCUUCCUCUCUGUUCAACCUUUCAUUUCCGGUCGAAAAUUUGCUUCUCUCCACCUCGUCGCCGCCUUUCACCUCUUUUCUUCUCCUCCAAUUCUUAUGCUAAAUCCGUCGUUUGCAGUGCAGCAGUACGGCCACCGCCGGACUCCGAUCCGCCACCCGAGGAGGAUCCGGUUCGUUUAACAGGUUUACCGGCAAUUUUUUCAAAAUUUCGGGACAGAGUACAAAUUUUCCUUGCUGUGUUAUUCUGGAUGUCCCUCUUCUUCUGGACUUCUGCAUUAGAUGGGAAAAACAGGCCGAAUAAAGGCUCUCGAUUUAGACGAUAGUUUCAAAAACAAGCAUUCUUUUGUAAAGGAUUGUAGGUUUAGUAUAAAUAGUGCUAGGCUACUUGAUUAUACUUGAGAUAUAAUUCAGCCUUUGACGAGGUAGAUAAAGCUUGCUCCAUAAUGUUGAUACCCUCCGCUGUAUAUUGGUGUAGCCGCAAAGGAGAUAAGGAAAGGCUAUGAAACAAAUUAAAGCAAAACUGUCAUGGAAAGUCGUAUUUAGUAUUGUAUUAUAUUGUUAUCAAGUGUGUUGUAUAUUUCUUGAACCCCCCCUCCCACCUCCCAUACUCUGUUGUAAGGGACUAAUCUUGUUAUUGUCCUUGGACCUGCAGGGAUCAGGCUAAUCUUCUCUGUGUGGUUGCAGUUUUAAUGGAUGUCUCUUGAGGGACAACUGACGAGUCUUUUCUCUUUUCUAUAGAUUGGUAUUGGGUUUCAUUGACAGGAAUUUGGUUGAUGGAUGUAUUAGAAUUGUGUACAGGGAAGUUGGAGCAUGAGAAUUGAUGGGAGGAAGGAAUGAUCGGUUGGUUCGAUAUUAGAAAUGAUUGCCACUAUGUGUUUGACACGUUGCUAAUAGUUCAACGUUUUAAUUGGUCACGUUGUAAUGUGAUGGUGUUAUGAAAAGAUGAAAAAGAUGGUUGGAGGAUAAAGAGAAGUGAUUUCUUAUUAUUGGAUCA